CGCCUGGGACCGGGCCGCGCCUACCGCCGGGUCCGCGGGGCGGGGUCCCGGGGCAGCACCUGCCCCGCCUUGCGGAGUCUCCGGGGCCAGCCGAGACCCCUCCCUGUCUGGACCCCGGCCCCACCUCCGGACUCUUAUCCCAUCACCUCCUCCUGGAAGCUACUUUGUCUUCACCUCCUCUCUUGAAAACUGGUGUCUCAGAAGUUAACAGAAGACUUGUGUAAAUGCCCUAGGGGUGAGCUGUUGGGAGGGGCGCGGCCCCCUGUGAUGGGAACACUACACUCGGAUUCAUCAGUUCAGUGAGUCGGGGUUUUCUUUAAGGAGGACCCCUUCGGCAGUCUGCCCGGCUGGAGCCACAUUUGUUCUCUCUUCUCUCAUUACUGGCUGUGAAAACAACAGUCACGCCUGCUGAAUAUUUACGCUUUGCCUGACACGGUUCCAGGCACUUUCAUCUGAGCUAAUUUAAUCCUUCCAACAAUCCUAUGAGGGUUGCCUGAGGUCCUGCCGCCCCGUGGACCAUGUUUAACGGGGAGUCAGGUCCGGCCUCGGCUGCGGCCUCAAGGAACGUGGUGCGGAGCUCCAGCAUCAGUGGGGAAAUCUGUGGGUCCCAGCAGGCCGGGGACGGCGCCGGGACCAGCACUGCCAAGAAGCGACGCAGCAGCCUCGGGGCCAAGAUGGUGGCCAUCGUGGGCCUGACCCAGUGGAGCAAGAGCACGCUCCAGCUCCCCCAGGCUGAAGGGGCCACCAAGAAACUGCGCAGCAACAUCCGGCGGAGCACGGAGACGGGCGUUGCCGUGGAGAUGCGGAGUCGGGUCCCUCGCCAGGGCAGCCGGGAGUCCACAGAUGGGAGCACCAACAGCAAUAGCUCCGAUGGCACGUUCAUCUUCCCCACCACCCGGCUUGGGGCCGAAAGCCAGUUCAGCGAUUUCCUGGAUGGGCUGGGACCAGCCCAGAUUGUGGGGCGACAGACGCUGGCAACACCGCCAAUGGGGGAUGUACACAUUGCCAUCAUGGACCGGAGUGGCCAGCUGGAGGUGGAAGUGAUUGAGGCUCGGGGCCUGACCCCCAAACCCGGCUCCAAAUCCCUCCCAGCCACCUAUAUCAAGGUUUACCUACUUGAGAACGGGGCCUGCUUGGCCAAGAAGAAGACAAAGGUGGCCAAGAAGACCUGUGACCCCCUGUACCAGCAGGCUCUGCUCUUCGACGAGGGACCCCAGGGCAAGGUGCUGCAGGUGAUCGUCUGGGGAGACUACGGCCGCAUGGACCACAAGUGCUUCAUGGGCAUGGCCCAGAUCAUGCUGGACGAGCUGGACCUGAGUGCUGCAGUCACCGGCUGGUACAAACUCUUCCCCACGUCCUCCGUGGCAGACUCUACGCUCGGCUCCCUCACCAGACGCCUGUCCCAGUCCUCGCUGGAGAGUGCCACCAGCCCCUCGUGCUCCUAAGGACCUCUGGGAGAGGCCGGGCUGCGAUGUGAGAAGGGGUGUGGCCGCCUCCCACCUCCUCCCCCCUGUACAUAGUCCUCACGUCUUUCUGGCCCCCUUGCCCUGCUGCAUGCCCGUUGGCUACUGGGCCUAGCCCAGCUGUCUUUGGAGUCUCUAGUGCGUGCACGU